AUGGCAAUGGAGAUGCCACCAAAUGAUCGCAGCGCGGAGCACUCUGAUGAGACGGCCCCUGAGAGGCCUGCACGAGGCUGGCAAUUUUGGGGAAUCAUCGUCUCCAUGCAGCUCAUAUCGAUGCUGUCGGCCUUGGACACCUCUGCCGUCUCAACAGCAAUGCCUUCCAUCCUCGAGGAUCUCGGCAGGAGCGACGGCUGGAUGUGGAUUGCGAAUGCUUACUUUCUCACCAUGACAGCCUUUCAACCACUUUUCGGUCAGGCUUCCAACAUCUACGGCCGUCGAAGUACGACCAUGCUGGCUACCUUUUUGUUUGCUGUCGGCUCGGCCGUCUGUGGUUCGGCUCGGAACUUGGGCGCCCUGAUCGCGGGGCGUGCUAUUCAGGGUGCUGGUGGUGGUGCCAUUAGUAUCCUGAUUGAGAUCAAUGUCGCUGACCUGGUUCCUCUGCGCGAGCGGCCACAGUUUAUGAGCAUCGUUCUCAUUGCAUAUACCGUGGCUGUCUGCAUCGGUCCGGUCGUCGGGGGCGCUCUGGCUCAGCACGCCAGCUGGCGUUGGAUCUUCUACCUCAACCUCCCUGUCUGCGCGGUUGCUCUGGCAGCACUAUUUGUAUUCUUGAGGACCAGAUAUAGAAAGGACACGGUUGGUAACUCACUCAAGCGUGUCGAUCUGGGCGGCAACGCCCUUCUCGUGGCCUCUGUCGUUGCAGUCCUCAUUGCUCUGAUGUGGGGCGGUACCCAGUUCUCUUGGUCGUCCUUCAGAACUGUCGUGCCUUUGGUCCUUGGCCUGGUUGGUAUCGGGGCUUUCAUUUGGCUGGAGUCCACAACCAUAAUUCCCGAACCGACAAUGCCGCUCCGGCUGUUCUCGAAUCGUACAUCGCUGGGUGCGUUUGGAAUUUCGUCGCUUCACGCAAUGCUCACCAAUUUCCUCACCUACUUCCUUCCCAUUUACUUUCAGGGAGUAAGGAGCACAGGUCCGACCCAGUCCGGAGUCAAUUUACUCCCACUUCCGUUUGUCACCAUGCCUUUCGCCAUCCUGGGCGGUUGGGCAACGACUAAGUGGGGCCGAUAUCGUCCCUCCUUUUUUGCUGGAAUGGGACUUCUGGCAAUCUGCUUUGGCCUCCUGUCCCGGCUAAACAAAAAUACUUCGACCGCGUACUGGGCCAGUGUGGAAUGUAUCGGAGCAGCUGGCCUGGGCGCCAUGGUGACGACGACAUGGCCAGCAGUUCAGGCUCCUCUUGAGGAAGUCGACCAAGCUAUUUCCACGGCAGCCUGGGGUUUCGUUCGUAGUUUCGGCGGCGUCUGGGGCGUAGCUAUUCCCGCAGCCACAUUCAACUCCCGUGUCAAUCAGCUGGUGACCAACAUCAGCGAUCCGUCCAUCCGCGAGCAGCUCCUCGACGGUGGGGCUUACGCCCUGGCGUCUAUUGGCGGCGGCACAGGCUCGCAGGGUUGGACCCCCCAACAGCAGGACCAGAUCUCGUCAAUAUACGUGGAAAGCCUAAAGCGCUGCUUUCAGGUCGGUAUUGGGUUCUCACUGCUUGGGUUCCUGAUAAGCUUUAUCAUCAAAGAUGUCCCGCUAAGGGAGCACCUCGAUACUGAAUUUGGACUGGAACACCCUCGCUCAGAGAUCAAACAGCAACCAACAUCGUCAUCGCCCCAUUCUGAGGGCAAAGAACCGAACGAAAAAGUCAGGGCAUCGCAGAAGGACAAGGUUGUUCCAGUCUCGGAUAUUGUGUAA